UUGGUCAAAGAGAUUAACGUUGGCUAUUUCGGCUGCUUCAUGUUUGCCGCUGUCAGCGACUUCUGUUCCGGUUUAAUCCUGCUUGUACAAACUUUGCUGCAUUCAAAACUGUGGCACACAAUUACUCGCCCGUGUCUACGCUCCAACGAGGAUGUUGAAGCGGGUGAGAAUGAAAUAGACAAAUGGGAAGCAUCCGGUCGCGAUACGAACUCACAUUCAGCAGACCCCGAAUCCGGUCGCUAUUACGGCUCGUCACUGUCGAUGCGGGGAGCUGCUUGA